CUUGCACGAUGCUUGACUCGUUAACGUUCCUGGUGGAGAAGCUAUCCAUUAUCUCACACUUUAAACUUGUUGAAUUUUGGUCGUCGGGCAGGCAGCAGAGGGAACACAAAGAGUGCGAAACGCACGGUCGGGUACCGACUCUGAGAAGAGGAGACCUAUUAGAAGUUCCGCGAACAUUGUUUACCCACUUCGGAAUCUAUCUUGGCGACAACAAAGUUGCCCAUCUGAUUCCUGACAUAAUGCCCGUGCUAACUAAAGAUGACGCUUUAAUAAAAACAACUAUCACAAACAAGAGACUGAUCCUUGGUUGCAUUUACAAAAGCGCCACGGUGCGCAUGGACACCUUGGAGGACUUUGUGUACGGCUCAAAAAUCAGGGUUAACCAUACGGAUAAAUCGAGAAAGGUGCAACCGUUUCCAAAUGAAGGUGUUGCUAAGAGGGCUGAAGAACUCAUUGGGUCAAUUCCUUACAGUUUGCUAUGGAAUAAUUGUGAACAUUUUGUCACGUACUGCAGAUACGGCACAGCGACAAGUCAGCAAACAGAGAUGUUCUGCAAGUGUCUGAAAUCAAUCAUCAGAGACCAGAGAAGUGUAAAUCUUACAGUCCUCCUGGGAAUGAUUUCCAUCAUCUGCUUCGGCCUAGCGCCCUCGACUGCAUUACCCACAAUUCUUAUUCCAUUUAUCCUGUGGAUGGCGGGCUGAAGAGCAGAGGACUCCAAACUCAAUGGACAAUUAAUGACACUAUGACAUGACGCUUUGUCAUGGGUAAACCUUGGAAUCCCUUACAACACCUAUCUCUUUCCCCAAAUGCUUUUAUAGAUGACGGCUGAAACAUAAAUCAGCCUAUAUUUCUUUCAUAUUUUUAUUUUUGCAUCCUGUACUAGAGAGAAUAAAUGUCAUAUAUAAUUAAAGUUUGUUGUUAAAACCA